UGCAACAUCCGCGGCUGUUCAACUUCCGCCUUAAAACCGUCAGCUGGGGAUGUUGCGAUUACGUGACAUUCGCGUAGAUUUCGGGUGGGUGAAGACACGGAUUUGCGAUAUUGAUUGAGUCAAUUGUCAACGGUGGUCUGGUCGAGUGGUUUUCUGUGACUGAUGAUGCUUUAUUACGUUGCGUGGGAUUAUCAGUAACAAUUAGGCUCGUGGUCGUCAAGUGUAGUGUGGUUUUCGUAAAUGGGUCGCUUCCAGCUGUUUUCUGUGUGAUCGGUCGCGAUUGUUUGCUCGUAGCCGGAUCGCGAGCUGUUGGGUGUUUUUGGCUGGCGUUAUCGAUUUGGUGCACUUCUAUGGGGUUUGGAAGUGUUGAGGCAAUUUGAUACGAUUAGCCGCGAAUUGAAGUGUCGUGCCCGCGCCCUGUCGUGUGAAAAUUCGCUGUGGAUCGGCGUGAAACGGAGAAAACAUGAGCGUGUCACCGAAUGCCUCGCAGCAAGCGGGCGCCGCGGCCAGUACUCCGGUUCGUGUGGCUGACAGCUCGUACGCAAUGGGGACCUCCACGUCUUCGAUGUCGUCCACGCCGCAAAACGCCGGCCUCAAGUAUCCUGUUGAGGAGAAAAAGAUUCGGAGAACGUCUCUGCAAGUUCUACUUCCUAAGCUUUCGUCAUCUGAUAGCUUAAGCACCAGCCCUGGUCCGGCAUCACCAGGGGCAAUGAAUUGGACUGACAGCACUACAAAAAUAGAAUCAAAUUCUACAGAAAAGCUGUCAGAUGCCUCGAAAUUGAAUAGGAAGGAGUCUUAUAAGGCGCAAAGGAAGAACUAUCGCCGUGAAAAGAAACGUGUUGCAUCUGAACUGUUGAAUUCACUACAAGAUCCAGCAGUUGUUGUUCUUGCCGAUUGGCUGAAGGUUCGCGGUACAUUAAAAUCGUGGACAAAGCUGUGGUGCGUGCUCAAACCAGGACUUCUAUUAUUAUAUAAAAAUCCAAAAAUUAAAAGUAGUCAUUGGGUUGGUACAAUAUUGCUCACAUCUUGCCAAGUGAUAGAACGGCCUAGCAAAAAAGAUGGGUUCUGUUUCAAGCUGUUUCAUCCAUUGGAGCAGUCCAUAUGGGCCCCGAGGGGACCAGAUAAAGAAACAAUUGGUGCUGUUGUGCAGCCUUUGCCUACUGCUUACUUAAUAUUCAGAGCCCCAAGUCAAGCGGCAGGGAAGUGCUGGAUGGAUGCUCUUGAAUUGUCUUUAAGAUGUUCAGCGUUGCUUUUAAGAUCAAACAGCAACACGGGAAGUGCUAAUGAACCCAUUGCCAGUGGAACUAUUUCGCAUGAGACUCAAUGGUCUGAAGCCGAUUACGAGAAACACUUCAAUGAUGCCGGCGAGAAACCAGUAUUCAUGGCCACAUAUACUCCUCCGUCGCCAUUGAUUGAUCAGUACAAGGAAACGUCUAUAAGUCCAUAUGCACCACAUACUCCAAUUUUUCAACAACUCUGUCUGGCAGUUUCACAUUGGGAACGAGUCAUGUCUCAUUCCCCAGAUUAUAUCAAACAGAAAUUCAGAAAAGCAAAACGUACGUCUCGUGGUAGUAGGAAGAAAGAGUAUCAUUCGGAUAUGAGUGAUUUAUCCGAUAAUGAGGGGUUGUUAGCGUACAAUCCUUUGAUAAAAAGAGCCGUAUCGUCUAGCGCUUUUGAUGUUUCUGUUGAUAAUGAUAAUCAUGACGAGAAUGAUAUACAGGCCGGAAUUCACCCAGUGAAUUAUAGAAAUGGGAAUGCUGAUCUGGACGUGGAUAGUCAAAAUGAAGGCGCAGCUGCUCUUAUGUCUGGCCCUGAGUCCGAAUCAGAAUCAGAUGUUGGUGAUGGCAUGGAGAUGGAAGUGGAAGAAAUGCCUGAGACGCCAUAUGUCCAUCUGCCAGAAGAGGAGUUUGGAGCAGCUGGUGAACAAGUAGAAGAAUUGCCUGAAGAGCAUAAGAGUCUUAUUUGGUUUUUAGUUAAGCAAGUUAGACCUGGGAUGGACUUGAGCAAGGUUGUUCUCCCAACAUUCAUUUUGGAACCACGGUCAUUUUUGGAUAAGUUAUCUGAUUCAUAUUAUCAUGCCGAUUAUUUAGCCAGAGCCGUUCUAGAGGAUGAUCCUUUCACCCGAAUGAAAGCAAUUACCCAGUGGUAUAUGUCAGGAUUUUAUAAAAAACCAAAAGGUCUAAAGAAGCCGUACAAUCCCAUCUUGGGAGAAACUUUCCGUUGCUAUUGGGAGCACCCAAAUGGUAGUCGGACAUUCUACAUUGCCGAGCAAGUUUCGCAUCAUCCACCCAUAUCAGCGUUCUAUGUUACAAAUCGUCAAGAUGGCUUUUGUAUUAGUUGCAGCAUUCUCGCCAAAUCUAAGUUUUAUGGAAAUAGUACAUCCGCAAUAUUGGAUGGGGUCGCUACAUUGACCCUGCUACCAAGGGGCGAAAAUUACACGUUGACCGUGCCAUAUGCCCACUGCAAGGGAAUACUAAUGGGAACCCUCUCGAUGGAAUUGGGUGGUAAAGUCUCCAUUGAAUGUGAAAAUACAGGCUACAAAGCUGACAUUGAAUUCAAAUUGAAGCCGUUUUUGGGAGGUGCUGAUCAAACUAAUCUUGUUUCUGGGCGAAUUAAGCUUGGUAAAGAAACUUUGGCGACAAUCCAGGGUCACUGGGAUAGUGAAAUAAGAAUCAAAGAUUCAAGGACCCAAGAAGAGUCUGUUCUAUUCGUGCCUAGUGGUGACGUUCGGACGAAAAGGUUGAAACGCUACACGGUACCAAUUGAAUCGCAAAACACAAACGAAUCGGAACGAUUGUGGCAGCACGUCUCGGCAGCCAUUUAUCGGGACGAUCAAGUUGCUGCAACGGAGGAGAAAACUGCUUUGGAAGAAAUACAGCGGGCGGCUGUGAAAGAACGUAAGGCUAAAUGCAUUGAAUGGAUUCCAGUUCAUUUCCAACAGGAUCUUGUAACCGGACAGUGGCACUAUAAAUACGCCGACCUUCGUCCAUGGGAUCCUAGAAAUGAUUUAAAACAAUAUGAAAGUGAAUACAGAAUACAAACUAAAACACGGCACAGUGCACCAAUGGUCAGGACAACUAGUAUAGUAAGCGGCGAACCCAUAACAAUUUUACAAGGGGAGUCACGGUCCUCUCUAGUGGCGCUUAAACAAAAUAAGAGAAUAUUGAAAUCGAAACGGGUGUCAAAGGGAUCAUCACCGGAAGCAGCUAUGCAUGACUCUGAUUCUAGUCAAUCCCUUGAUGGUGUUGUAUCAAGCAGGAAUUUGAAUAAGUUGGAGGAGAAAGUUGAAAGGAUCAACAAGACUCUGGAAGAACACGCUAAACGUUUAGGUGCCAUUCAGUUAGCUCUUGAGAAAAUUAAAUUUGCCCCAAUUCAUAGUAGCAGCAGCAAUUAUCAGACAAAUCGUGGUGUGUAUGUUAAGGCCGUUAUAUUUAUAUUUGUUGCAUUUGCUACUCAGUACUUUGUUAGCGUGUUAAGGAAUUAAUUGUGAAAUCUAUGACAGUAAUCAGAAAACAAAUUAUCUACAUUUAAGUUUUUGCCUAAAAAUUCAACUUGACAAUGUCCUUUGUCCGAUAGAAUGCCAGCUAUUAUAGGUGAAUGUUCUUUCUUGGGCUAAGCGUUCGAAAUUUAACGUGUAAUAGAAGGUGUAAAGGAAAUCGUUGUUACAUUUACGAAAAUAAAUAUUUAAAUCGCUAAA